AUGGCCUUCUCUGCCACGAACUACAUGCAAUGGCCUUCUCUUAUGAGCUCUUUGAGGUGCAUCUUCCCAGAUUGGCAAUUGGCAUUGUCGUGCCCUUAUGUUCCAUGGAAGGCCCAGUACUUGUUGGUACUUCUCUUGUUGGCAUUGUCGUACACAUAUGGAGAAACAACUUUCAUGAAGAACUUGAAUCUAUUUGAGCAAUGGAAAAUCCGAUUUGGCAUGGCUCAAACUGACUGA